AUGUUGUCUCGGGCGUUUUCAUUGCUGGCAUCAUGUCUGGCUCUUGUCGCGCAGGCCUCAUACCUCGAGGAUCGCCAGGCAAACUGGACCAUUGGCCAGACUGUAUCGACGUCCAGCGGUCCCGUCGAGGGCCACGCCGCUGGUAAUGGCACGGGCACAUCGGAAUAUCUAGGUAUCCCCUACGCGCAGCCUCCCGUGGGCGCACUGCGCUUCCAACCUCCCGUGGCCUUUAAUGGAACCGAGACCAUCAAUGGCACCGACUAUGGUUUCGUUUGUGUGCAGGUUGACAUGUUUGCCGGCAUCCCGCACUUGGAGAGCCGGGAUCGAGUGGAAAAGCGCGAGGGGACGCUGACUCCUGAUGCGCUUGCCAUUAUUGCGGGAUACUUUGCUGGGAUCCCUGCCACCAGCGAGGAUUGCUUGACCUUGAAUGUGUGGACCAAGCCUCAGGUCGGUGAAGAAAAGAAGGCCGUGCUGGUUUGGAUUCACGGUGGAGGCUAUUCAAGCGGCAGUUCUGCUGUAUCAUUCUACAGUGGUAAGAAUCUUGCCGCAGAGCAGGAUAUUGUAGUUGUGUCUCUCAACUAUCGCUUGAACAUCUUUGGAUUCCCUGGUUCCGAGACAUAUCCAGCUUACAAUCUUGGCCUCUUGGACCAGCGCCUGGCAAUUGAAUGGGUACGCGACAACAUUGCGCAAUUUGGCGGUGAUCCCGAGCGCAUUGCUAUUGUUGGCCAGUCUGCCGGUGGUGGCUCGGUCGGCUACCACAGCUAUGCCUUUUCCGACGAUCCCAUUGUCGCCGGCUACAUUCUCGAGAGUGCAGUCAGUCUCAGCGCCUCGACUCCUGAGCGUGCUCUUACAUCUUGGAACAAUGCCGUCAAGGCAGCCGGCUGCGACACUGCCGAUGUUCCGGAUCAGUGUAUGCAACUUGAUGUGUCUGCCAGUACUCUUCUCAAUAUUUCUGGACAAUAUGGCUUCGGGCCUACUAUCGACGACAAGGUCGUCUUUGCCAACUACACAGACAGAAAGCCGAAUACUGGAGCCAUGCUGGUCGGACACAAUGACUUUGAGCCGGGGUUGAACAGACCUCUGUCGCCCAAGCUUCCCGAUGCCGUCUGGCAACAGGCAGAGUUGUCAUUCACUUGCCCUGCUGCCGAGAGAGCUACAUACUAUGCCUUGAACGGGAAUCCGACAUGGCGAUAUCGCUGGUUUGGUGAUUGGUCCAACUUGAGACUGGCCAUCAAUCCAUCAAGCGGCGCUUGGCACGGUUCCGAGAUCAUGCCACUGUUCGACACUAUUCCACAGUCUGUAAAUGUCAACACGCCGGAAGAGUCCAGCAUUGCCGCGUACCUCCGCGGUGCGUGGGCCACGUUUGCCAAGGACUCGGCCAAGGGACUCAGCACCUACGGAAGCGGUUGGCCACAGUACAGCACUGAAGGUGAUUCAUUGGUCCGGUUGGCAUACAAUAAUAUCACGGGCACAAAUCUAGCUGCUGGCAACUACUAUGAUGACGGCUGUCCAGAAUAUCCCAUUGUUUGA